AUUGCAGAGACAGACUGAUGAUGUUUCCAUGUCUGACUUAAGCAAUGUUAGCAAAGGAGGUGUUAGGUGCCAGCUUCUUGAUUGGUGUUCAAAUGUUGAGGUGGUUGUUGGUGAAGGAGAAUUCUGCUCCAGUGAACACACAUAUAAGAUUGGUAGAAUACCAUUGGGUCGCAAUGCAGCUGCUGUACUUGUGAAGUCCACAACAGUUAUACAUGCAUCUGUCUGGAGACCUACUCCAACCAUUUUCACACUUAAUGAAGCUGUUGGACAUAAAAUUGCAUGGCCACUUGACAAGAUUAUAUUGGAUGAGGAUAUUAACUUGUCCCAACCUACUAAGUCUGUCGAAUCAGAGCAGCCAACAGAUGAAUCACUAGGAAGAAUUAAAAUCUUUCAGUAUUGGAGUGGAGAUGAUGAUUUGAUUGCUGAAGGUAUGUUGUUGUCAACUGACCAUAAUGAAUUGGUGGAUGGUAGACCUCUGGGACAUGGUGCUGCAGUUGUUAAGGUCCUGGAGGUGGUUAAACCUGAGGCUUAUCUGUGGAGACCAAAUCCUCCAAUCUCAUUGAUGAGUGAUGCACUAAAUGAGACCAUCGCAUGGCCUAUUGAUAGAAUACAACUCCUUGAUGUACCUGCAAAUGAUGAAUCAACCAGAAAAUCACCUCAAAGUGCAACUACUCCCAGUUCUACUACUCCCAGCACUGCUAGUAGCAAAGGUGCUAAGCAGAAGUGUUUUCUAUUAGAUAUUGAUAACACUGGGCAGAGAGUUGCAAUAGGUCGGGUGUCUUCAACUGAUCCAGCAGAGAAGGUCCAUCAAGUCCCUUUAGGUGCCAACGCUAGCAAGGUCUGGGUAGAGGUUUCCAAGGUUGAGGGUGCACGAGUGUGGAGAGCAAAUUCUGAAGUUAAAUUCAUUGCUGAUGCAGUAGGAACCACUGUGGCUUGGCCUAAUGACAAGAUUAUAUUCAUGUGAUUUGAGUUUUAGUACUUUUGAACUAAGUGUUUAAAAAUGUAAAACUUAUGUUUGACUCUUUUGGAACAAAUAAUUAAUGAAGUAUUUGAUAAAAU